AUGGUUGCCAUACCGGCCUACUUGUUGGCCUCGUCGGCCGUCAGUUCAUUGGGUCCGUUGUGGCCUCGCGACACCGUGAUCCGGUCUCCUGACCCGGCAACACAACCGCAAUCUACCAGCGCACAGAUGGAUCCCGCGUCGUCAGGUCCGUUCGCAUCAGUCAAGGGACCCCUGGUCUCGUCGAACUUUGCAGAUCCCGCAAUCAUUGUCGUCGACGGCGUGUCGUACGCGUUUGCGACCAACAACAGAGGUGUCGGGACGGACAUGGUACAUGUUCAAGUAGCCACGUCGUACGACAAUCAGACGUGGACGCUGCUAGACGCUCACGAUGCGCUGCCCAGUGUAGGCGCGUGGGAGACGGGUGCCCGCGUGUGGGCACCAGACGUCGUCCGAGUGGACGACGGUUCUUUCGUACUGUACUACACCGACGAAGUGACGUGGAGCCCUGCGCAUCACUGCGUCGGAGCGGCGGUGUCCAAGAACGUCCUGGGGCCCUACACCCCGCAGGCCCAGCCGUUCGCGUGUCCGGACGUCACGACCCUCGGCGGCGCCAUCGACCCGGACGGGUUCCUGGACCUGUCCACGAACAAGCGCUACGUGGUGUACAAGGUCGACGGCAAUUCGAUCGGUCACGGCGGCACGUGCGGCAACACAGUCGAGCCCAUCGUGCCCACGCCGCUCAUGCUCCAGGAAGUCGGGCCCGACGGAAUCUCGCACAUCGGCGACCCCGUGACCCUCCUCGACCGGGACGUCUACGACGGCCCGCUGAUCGAGGCGCCCACGCUCCACCGGUCCGCCGAGGGCAUCUACUUUCUCUUCUACAGCAGCAACUGCUUCACGACGCCCAAGUACGACGUCGCGUACGCGACCGCCACCAACAUCUACGGCCCGUACACGCGGGCCAGCAGACCCCUCCUCGUCACCAGCGACGCUGACCUCGUCGGCCCUGGCGGCCUCGACAUCGUCUUCGGAGGCGACAUGGUCGUCUUCCACGGACACAUGACCAUCAACAACGACCCGGCCGAGCUGAAGAAGGCUCAGGCAAUUUCGGCGUCGACGGGAACCCCCGUCAAGGAUGUCAAUCUGCCUCUGAUACGAGGCAUGUGGUCUGCUACCUUGACCUUUUCCGGGACGGACAUCAGUCUCGCGUGA